AUGCGCAUGAGGCUGCGCGCGCCAGAGCCCGAGAGCAGCCACGAGGAGAAUGAAGACGAUGGUAACAACAGCGAGUGCGCUGCGGCCGAUAGCAGCCAAACUCUGCCGCUAUUGGACGUUGGAUCGCCCGAGUACAUUGAGGAACGACUGGAAAAUCUCAAGCGACGGUCCAAGUGGACGGACUUUCUCGACCAGUACGUGCAGGACCAUCCAGAGAGUGACAGUGAAUCGGAUACGAGUGAAACAGAAGAGAUAGCAGUGGUUGGCGCGCCUGGUUUCAUCCGUUCGGUGCUCUGGUCGCUGCUGGUUGUGGCACUAGCACCGCUGCUCAUUCUUUGUGCGCCGUUUGUGCGACAUCAAGGAUAUGGCUUCUGGCCGUUGCGGUGCUGCUCGAUGAAGGAGCUUUUUGGCUGUGCCGUGGCGAAUGUGGUUUCGAUGGCGUUUGGACUUGGCUUGCUGUACUGGACGAUCUGUCGCGAACUGCCGGAUGUGUUUCACGUUGACAACACACUGGUCAAGCUGACUGCACAGAUUGACGAGAUACUGCACGCGAUGGACACGUGUCACGUGGCUCUGCUGCAGUGGGAAAAGAUAGUUGCACAGGAAUUGUGUAUGCCUGUGGCCAUCGACGUUGCAUUGCUGCUUGUCAAUGCAUACCUUCUACUGCAUUGUCAUCGUCGAUGGGCUAGGUACCUAAUGGCACUGAUGGUCGCAAUGUUUGUGGCGGAUGUCCCUACCAAAUUGUACGACGCCACAUUUCCAGCUCCAGAGAUCCACAAGGUGGACCCGAAUUAUGCCAUGGUGAAUGAGGAGCUGCUGGUUGCGGUGGAUGGAAAGAAUUUGAAGCAGGGCGGAAGCGUUGCCUGGGUAGCGUAUUGGGGCUGUGCCAUCACUUCAAAUGUCAAUGCGUGCGAAACGCAGUUCGCAUCGACGUUCGAAGCCGGUAACGUCGCUGUGACCUUCAAGUCAAUCGAUCACUUCAUUCCUUGCUAUCGAGACCCACCGAACCCGCUGAAGGCGCAGGAGUAUCAGUGCUUCGAGCAUGUUCGCAUUCGUGUGAAGGACAAGCGCAGUAUUCCUGGAUGGUCCCGAUUGGCGAUCCGGUCACCGUUCGUUUCGCAGUCAGUACAAGCCGUGACAUUGCAUAGCAUCGAAAGGCGAGAUGGUGUCCGAAUUGCUGCGUUUGAGAGUGACGAACUGUUGCCGUCCUCUACAAGAUGCCAAGAUACCAUUGAGCCAGCGUACAGAAAGCAGGAUAUGGUGACAUGGGUGGAGUCAACCUCAGCGAUUGGAAUUCCAGAGCCGUCCGAAUAUGCUUUGGUCGACAACGACAGAUCAUUUGGGCUGGAUAAUGAAGAUGUGGAGCUGCCAGGUGAUGGGGUUUCACGAGCAAAUAAAGUGCCUGGAAGCGGAUUGGAGUACGGCUUGUUGGAUGCGGUAGAUAAGGAGCCGAUUGAAGCGGAAGUGACGCCCGAUGCAAAACUGAAGACGAUCUCUCUUCAUGCUGAACCCAAUAUGAAGGGUCAGAGUGAGAAUACCGCCUCGUCAUCGCAGAGUCUGCAUGCAGUAAGCUAUACCCAGAAAGUUUUGUUGGACAUGCCACAGGAUGAAGGAGAACUCAACUUGGCUAGCAAAGCGGACGAGCUAGAACCAAUGCGAGAUGUGACCGAGGUGAUGAUUGUUAAUGUCAAUGUGUAUGGAGAAACCAAAAGUAUGGACGAAGAACUUGCGGGGGGCACCAUGACCGCCGCUUCGGACAAUGGAAAACGUGUGCAGACGACCCACCCGAAAGACCAAGGAGGAGAACGAAAACGUCAUACAAAGCUGAAGAAGACACUGGAGUGA